AUCCACAAGAUCCCGACGAUGAUUAUCGGCUGGAUCCAAAGAAAUCCAAUGCAGAGAAUGCCUAUGAUAUCUAUACGGCGCUAUGUUGCCGUGACACACGCGACACGAAGCGCCUCGUUUUGCUUAAUAGGUUGGCCACACUUUGCCAGCAGCAGCAGCAGCACCACCAAUCGGAGCAGCAGACUGCGAAAAGCAAUUUAGGGUUUAACACGGAAGAGUUGCUUUAUGGACUGAGCGCCUCACUAAUUCACACAUUUACGCAAGUGCGCGCUGCCGCUUUGCGCGCCAUUCGUUAUGCGCUGGUGACACCGCGCGAUGUUAAAAUCUUUAAUUCGAUGCAACUGCAACAUCUGAUAUGCCGCUCUAUCGAUGUGCUACUGAAAAAUGACGAUGAACGUGUGCAAGCAUUAAAAUUGAUUCGCAAAAUGCUUGCCAUUUCUCCGGCUGAUAUCAAUCCGGUGCUGGUGCGUUGUUUGGUGUCACUCGCCGAUAGCGGCAUCGAAGAUGGUGAUAAUAUGUUGCGCGCCUGUUUGGCAACUCUAUGCGAAUUUGCGGUGCUGAAUCCUACUUUACUGAUCGUUUGCGGCGGCGUCACAGCUAUCACGCGCAAUGUUCUGGAAUGCCACAAUCCACGUAUUGCCGAGAGUUUGUGUGGCGUUCUACUCUACUUGCUGGAAUGGCCACAGACGCGCAAUAUAUCGGGUGUGCGUCUGGAUUGCCUCGCGGCUCCAUAUUGCGAUUUUACAUACCGUUUGGGUAUCAUGGAUAAAAAUAAAGAUGCCCGCGAGCUGCGUUAUACCAGUUGCCGGCUAGCGCUGUUGUCGGUACUGCGUAGCUGGACAGGUACUAUUGAGUUCUGUAAUCCCAGCAAGCCGUCAGGUUUGAAAGCAAUAGUGGAUACGUUGUAUCUGAAUCAAACAGAAGUUAGAAAAGCAAUAAUGGACUUGCUUUAUGAGCUUUUAAAUGUUCCACAACUACCCUGGACGGAUGAUUAUACGAUAGCGCUGCAAACUGUCGAUCCAUCCAAUUUUCAGGAUGCAUGGUUGCUUGAAAAUGGAUUUGUUGCCAUGGAGGGCCGUUUUAUACUUCCAAGUUUAGCAUCACGUGCGCCAAAUGUUUGCGAACAACAUUUGUCUUUAUUGCUAUACUGUUUUCUAGAGACUGGACUGUUAAAUGCCCUCGUCGAGGUGAUUAGGUCGAGCGAUACACAUCUGUCAGUGCGAGCAACUGUUUUAAUUGGUAAAAUUUUGCAUUUAAUGCAUACACAUUUGCCGGCUGAUAUUUGUAGUACCAGCCCGGCAUUACCUACACUAAUUUCACAUGCAACUCAGGGUAAUCAAAAUGCAACCGCCGCAAUAUCAGCUUUACAAAAUUACCAAAAAAUGCUACGUAAUCGUCCUGCUUCAUGUAGUUUAUUUUUGGAUAGUAUUAUACAAGGGGGCUCGUUAAUACAGACCCGACUGUUUCGCCGUGAAAUCAACGCGCAAGAUCAUGCGCGUUCGUUCAGUGGCAAUGCAUUACAAUCAUCUGCACUGCCCGGUCAACUUACCAGCGGUGGUACACUGGGCAUCGCUGCUGGCGGUGGUCUCUUCACAGUCGAUCGACAGCGCCUGGACUCGGUGUCUUCGAGUGAUGAGUCGAACACGCAGCCAUCUUCAUCGCGACGUUCAAGCUUUCGGUUUAAGCGAAAACUGUUACCUUUCUUUGAAAACCAGCGGGUGGCAAAAUUAAUACGCGACUCGAAUGUAUUGGCCUCGCCUGAUGGCAAUGGUUGGGAUUGGGAAAUUGUGAUCACUAUAUUGCGCUCAAAUUUAAUGCGUCGCGUUGAUGACACGGUCAAUAAUUUUUUGAAAUCUCUUUUGGACUAUUACAAACCGAGCAAAAACCGUUUUUCACAUCAGCAUUUGGUACAUGGAAGAUCAAUACCAGCAUUCGUGGUGGCGGGACUGGAUUUCAUUGAUUGGCUUUUGGCCAGCCCGAUGAUGGAAAGCAUACGCAUACUCACAGACUAUUUUUCGGACAUUAGCAAACAACUACUAGCGGUGAGCACAUCUAAUCGUGUGCACGAUUGCCUAUUUAGUCCACAACACAUGAAGGAUACAAUGUGUCAGCAGUAUUUUUUAUACAUUGGCCGCAUGUGUCGCGCACAAAAGGGCAUUCGAAUAUUAACUGACACAGCUGUAUUUGAACACUUAAUCAAUUUAGUUCGCAACACAGAUUAUGUCUGCUAUGUGAAGUUAACCGUCUCCGGUCUAGACUACUCUUUAGAAUCGGUGACACGGAAAGUGCUGGCGAAAGCUUUAACUUCAGCAAAAACGCGUAGUGGUCGCUUAUAUGCCACACAAUUUUUAACGGUGCUAUUACGUGCACGUCUACACAAUUUCGAAGUCUGGGGUAUACCGUUGAUAAUACAGCAAACAAAAGAUCCAGACCGUAGUGUGGUGCUAGCAGCAUUGGAUGUGCUCGAAGAGGCUUGUCAUGAAAAGUAUUAUCUUGAAGAGAUUGUUAGCUCAUGGCCGAAUCUUAAGUCACUCGGCGAUGUUGGGCGUUUACUAAUGGCACGUUACUACUCUCUUUCACGGGGUUUGAAUCAUAUAAAAUCGCGGAAACAGGAUGAGAUUGAGUACUGGAAGAAUGGCUACAAUAAGCGAAUUUUAUACAUAUUUAUUUGCGUACUUAUGAUUUCCUUUGCCUUUCUUUUUAGAAUUUACGAAAAAUUGGUAAUACUAGCAACAAAAUGUGUUGUGUACUCUAUACGUGCCACCUGUUUCAGUGUAUUGGGUUUGAUUGGCGGUACAAAUGAUGGUGCAAAUAUACUUUACAAACUAAAUUGGUUGAGUGUUCGCCAUGAUCGCAAUACAGUGUGGCCAGUGCACCAACCUGAAGAUUGGAUGUCCAAUAUUUACACACCGGUACGGCAUCAUUACGAGGACAUGCCCCCAUACAAUUACACGGGCAUUGAUGAUCAAAUCGAUGGUUCCUAUACAGGCAGCUAUUGGAAUUUACUAUUGAGUAGCAGUAGCACAACUGGUCAUGAUGGCGGUGCAGCUAGUGCCAGCUCAGAGCCACCAGACGCUGCGAAUACUACUGCGGAAAGUAGUAAAACAGGGGAUGAUGUUGGCACAACGAAAGUACUGCAACACCAACCGCCGCAACAGCAAGCGGUUGCCGCAAAGUCAAAAACCUUACCGGAAGGUACAUAUAUGCGUCAUGGUAAACAUCAGCGUUCGUUGUCCGAAUCAAAAACUACAGAUGUGAUUAGCCUAAUUAGUGGCACAGCCAUUGGAGCGAUGGGGGUACAUUAUCCCUCGCAUCGCGUACGUUACAACUCGUGCACCGAUUCGAAUACAUCGGGCGUGAGUAGUUGUGAGUCGGUGACAAUGCGAAUACCGCCUGUGGGUGAUUUUCAACAAUUCCCCUUGAGUCCUAUACCGAGUAUGUCGAAUCUAGUUAUCGACGUGCCGCCACAAAGAAGUCUCUUAUUGCGUGGUACCUCCUUAGUUGGUGCUUCAUAUCUUCAUACCUCUCUCAGUCCGGCUGACAUAAAGGGUUACGCACAGCUGCGUUCAUUGCGAAAGUACUGUCGACCGAUGGUCUCCGAAUCGGCGACAGAUGUUUACGAUAUCAUCGAUCGUAUUGAAUUUUUGUCACUUGGUUCAUCAGUGAUGCGACCUCGAAAAUCUUCUUUCGGUGAAUCACAGCGUCGUAUAAAAGUGCGUAGUUUGGAUAGACAGUCUUCGUUGCGCAUGCCGAGAUUGGAUUUCGAAGAGUUGCAACAAGUGCCACUGCCGACAUUAGCCGCACCAAAGUUUCUAGCACAAAACGACUCGAAAGGUCCUUGCUAUGCAGGUAUAUGUCUUCCGAAAAAUCUGCUCGAUCUCUUCCCCACACGCAACCUCGCGCGUACUUAUGUCUCUCGCAACAUUCAAGAUCAGGACCUAAUGGGUAUAAAUUUGCUUACUGCAAACCAGCAGUUCCUGAAUGAUUCUCUCAACAAUGAAUGUGGUGGUGACGAGUCUUCAGUUAUUUCGUCGCUCUCUGAUGUCUCGUCUGUGAGUAAGCGGUCAAAGUGGUUAGGCGCAAAACACGGACGCAAUAAUUGUCUUCAUUGUUCGCGUGUUCGACGCAAUCGUACUCAUGCGCAACGUCUUGAUAGUGAUGCAGCCAUAUCAGCAGCUGCAGUGACGUCAGCAGCCGGAGCUGCACUAGCGACAGGUGGUGAACUAUAUACAAGCAGCGGUACGUUGGUUGGGGCAACAACGGCGUCGCACUCUGCACGCAGGGCGAAUAAACAAUCGCUAACCGCUCAGCAAUUGCCAGGCACACAACAGCAAUUGCAGAGGUCACAGCCAGCACAGCAAAAUGCACAAAGCUCUUCAACUAUACAGCUAUCUGACAUCUCAUUCAACUCACCCGAAAGUAUACUCAGCGAAGAGAGUAUGCCAGAUCGUCUGACGGCUAAUAUUCUAUUCCACGUGCAACGUUUAGCGAAUCCUGUCAGUGCAAAACAGUCCAAAAUGGCGUUAUUAGAGCUGAAACAGAAGCACCCGGCAUCUUUUCAAGAUAUUUGCCUCUAUUCAGAGGUGUGCAAAUCAUUGGGACGCAGCAGUUAUAGGAUGAAUGCACGUCGUUUUUUACAAGAACUGUUCCUUGAUUUAAAUUUCGACUCGUUUUACGUAGAACCGGCAGAUAUACUAUUAAAUAAGGAUAAGGACUUUGGGGCGUUAUCGGAACGAAUAGAAGCCGAAAGAGCACAAGAGCAGAGCGUAAGUAUCCGUUCCGUGAAGGUUAUGAGUAGCACGUCCUCUACAAUGGGAAUUGGUGCCGCUGUUGGAUGUGGACAUGGUGAGGCAAGCGGUGGUCCGUUUAAGCCAUUGACGGCGCAGGCAUUAGCGGGACUAAGUUACUUGCCUACUCAUAAGACGGUAGCGCAUCUCGGUGGCAAAUUACAACCACUAGCUAGUGUUUAUGAGGCAAGCUGUGAAAAUCUAUUACAAGAUGGCUCAACAAAGCUUGAUGCAAGCACAAAAUCAAAAUUAAAAGGUGAUAAUACGCAAGCGGAUAAAAUAGCUGCGCGAUCGAAGGCUAGAGGCCUGGGCAACACAUCAGCGUCGGUGAGUGUUGCUUCAUCGUUAGGGCGUGAUUUUAGAAACGAACUGCGCAUAACCUCCGACAGUGAUGAAAGCGAUUACGAAGAUACCAAUCGUUCCACACAGUGGAUAGCAGCACCAUUGGUGUUAGCGAAUGAAGACUUUGAUGAAGUUGACGGCGUUGCCAUUCAACGUUGCUCCAUUACCCCCGCCUCCUCGACGACUGCAGCCUUCUCUUGCAAUACAACAUGCACAAGCACAGCCUCCAGUCAGCCGACGAUUAGCAGCAGCAAUUGCAGCAGUGAACAAACGACAAACAGCAGUAAUCGCAGCAGUAUUUGUACAGUAAGUCGACAGCCAACGAUGGUCAGUGGAUUCGCGGACAUCAACGUGCAACGUACCACUACAAAUAACAACAACAACACAAAUGCCAAUGUGAACACCAGCAGUAGUAGCACGAACUUGAAUGCGAACAUAACCACGAGUUUGAGCAGCGGCAGCAUCAGCACGGGCGGGUGCGUUGUCGGUGGCGGAGUCGGCAGUGAUGACAGCAAAACCGGUGGCACGGUCAUACUAGAGAACCAAAACAAAAAGUAUACACGCGGACGUUUUUAUACGCUUGAAUUGGACUUGAGUUGUACGAAAAAUAAAUUUCCCAUUACAGAUCGUAGCCGCAAUAGUACGAAUUGGCAAACGGAAAGUACUGUCGCUGCUGCUGCUGCUGCUGCUACGAGAAUGCCCGCGUCAUCUGCAGCCGUAACAACAACAACAAGUGUGCUUUUGCGGCGUGGUGGCCGGGCGGAAGAUGUCGGAGGAUGUAGAGGGAAGCCAACGGAAAGCGCAUCAGCGACGGGACCAGCUUCGAGGCAAACAGAAAACUCACUCACAGCUACAUCCACGACGACGGCAAUCACCAAAACGAACUUCCAUUAUAGAUUGCCAAUCAUGCGGCAAUCGUAUACAGCGGGCAUAAUGCCACAAAUGCAAUACACCAACAUAGAUGACAGUGGUUGUGGCAGUGCCAUAGCCAAUAACAGCAAUACUGGUGUAAUACCUGACAGCGAAGUUGCGCUUAACCCGGUAACGGUUGAGAAUAAUGCUCCUACCAGUAACCAGCCAUCAAAUACAACCACCAGCAAUACAACGCUAACAAUAACAAAAAGCCUGGCGGCGUCUUUGGCGAAGCCUAUCGGCAGUUUGUACUGUGAAAAGCGAUUGCAGGCUCUCAAAAUGGAAACCAAAGCAACUGACACCUAAAUGUUUAGGUUCUAUAUUGCCGUGGUAAAAGUAGCGAAUAUUAAACCAAAAUCAACACUUAGUUUUUUUUUUUGGUUUCGUUUUCGUAUACACUCUUUUAUUUGUUUACUAUUUGUCAGUUUAUUAUAACAUAAAAUAGGUAUUCGUUUGGGUUUAUGUCAUUUUCAAUUGAAAUUAAGUUCUGUGAAGCGUGCGAGUAAGUACAGUCUGUGAUAAAAAAAAGAGUAAUUUUCUUUAUCAAGGCGGGCUAGUAUAGGUGUUUAGUGAACGUUGCCGAGUUUUGGGGAAACUAAAUACUGCUAGCGUUAGUGCUAGGAGGAAAGUAAGUAAUAUCAAACAAGCGUCUACAUAUAUUAUUAAAAUACUUCUGAACUAUUAAAUUUUAAUUUUUUUUUAAUAUUAGGUUUUGAGAUUGGCGUUAUUUUCUUUUGAGUUGAAAGUUUUUUAUAGACUAUCUAAAAUUGAAUAUAAAAAUAUGCAAAUAAAAUUAUAUAUAUUAUACCUUAUGUAUUUAAAAAAACAUGCUUUUCCUUUUUCAAAAAAUAUUUAAAGUUCUAUUUGAACUAAAACAUUAAAUUACAAUCUGCUCGCCUUGUACUUCGAAAGCGUUUUUAAUAGGGCUUUGCCGGCAAACAUGCUGCUACAUACAUAUAUCAAGAAAAAAACUUUAAUUCAAUUUGUUACUUGUGUUGCAACCCAAAAU